UAAAUGCGACGAAUUUACGUCCGAUUUUCUGUCGCAUCUUAUUCGCCAUGUUAGUCAUGAAUCCACAGUUUCAUCUCGUGAUAUCUCGACACGAUAAACAAGAUCGUUCAUUCAUAAAUAAUACCGGAAUCGCUUUUAUUAGACGAUGUUUCAUUAUUGUGAAUAAUUGACAUUAUUUCGAGUUAUCGAAACAUGGCAGAGCACAACGUCGACAAUAGCAACAUCGACAGAUCAGAAUUCGAGAUGAGGCAGAGAACAAUUGACAGGGCACCUUUUCGAAACUUGAAGAUUGAUGACUCCAGGAUAUUAAAUACGCUCGAGGGUAGAAGAAAGUGCGAACUCUGUUGUAAGUCGCGCAAGUUCUUCUGUUACACCUGUUGCGUGCCUGUCAUCGACAAUUCGUAUUUUCCACGUGUAAAGCUGCCAAUUAAAAUCGACAUUAUUAAGCAUGCUCAUGAGAUAGAUGGCAAGAGUACUGCUAUUCAUGCUGCGAUACUUGCGCCAGAGGACGUGAAAAUCUACAUAUAUCCUGAUUUUCCAGAUAUAUCGAGUAAAGAGGAAACCGUUUUAAUUUUUCCUAGCAAAAGUGCGCAGACUGUAAGUGUGGAGGCUCUCUUUACAAACAGAAAAAGUAGUAGUUUGGCAAAUAGAACCGAGGUAUUUCCUAUAAAGAGAGCAAUUUUCAUCGACAGCACGUGGCAGCAAACCAAAGCAAUAUAUAAAGACCAAAGAUUGAGAGAAUUACGCUGUGUUAUUUUGAAAUCAAGGAUCUCGCAAUUCUGGCGUUACCAGAAGAAGAGUCCAAGAUGGUACCUGGCGACAAUUGAGGCAAUUCAUCAAUUUUUAGUGGAGCUACACACGUGUGCUUACACGGAAGGCUAUCCUGAUAUACAUAGUUCUGUAUUGAAUGGAAAACAGAGCUCUGUAGUUAACAGCAAGAAAACGGAAGAGUGUGCCGAGAUUACUCAAAAGUAUCACGGAGAAUACGACAACCUUUUAUACUUUUUCAAAUAUAUGUACGACAAAAUUCACUCUAUAUACGAUCACGAUCAAUUGCAGGCCUACAAAAGGCCACUCGCGUGAAGCUAUUUUCUCUUAAAAACUUUCUUAAUAAAUUCCCUUGCAUAGAAAAAGAAUUACAGUCGAACA